AAAGAGGCCGGCCCUUGUAAUAUAAACACGAACACGGGAAAAAACAGAAGAGAAGAACGGAAAGGAAAGAUCGAUCCCCAAAAUCAAGUGGCAGUAAGCAAUUAGGGUUUUCGAGAGAUCUUUCUCUCUUCAUUUUCAAAGACGUUUCAGUUGGGUGGCUGGCUGGCUGCACCGCCGUAAGCUUUUUAUGGCCACAAUUGAAAUUUAUUUGCAUUUUCUGUUCAUUGACGUGCUAGGGUUUAUUUCCAAGUGUUCCCUUUGAUUUUAUUCUUAAUUGACUGGCUAGACCCCAAGGGGAAGAAAGAACUCGGCGUGUUAUAUUAGAAGCAGGGGGAUCGGUUAUGCUUAUUGAUGUUUCAUUGACUGAGCAUUAAAAUAAGUAAGCGAGCGAGUAAUUAUGGAGGACGUGAAACAUAAAUCUAGAAAAGAUGAUUCGGAACGGAAGGAGGAGAAAGAGGAUUCAAAGAGGAGUCAUAGGGACAGGGACAGGGACAGGGACAGGAAUGGAGAGAGGCAUCGAGACAGAGAGAAGAGAGAACGUGAAAGCAUCAGGCGUUCUGAGAGAGACAAGAGUAGCGAUUCUGAUGAAAAGGAAAGGGAGAAAGAGAAGCAUAAAGACAGGGAUAGAGACAGGGAUAAGGAUAGAGCAGCAAGGAGUAGGGAUGGUGAUAAAGAGAGAGCUAAGGACAGGAACAGAGAUAGAGACAAGGACAGAGAGGAGAAGAAGGACAGGGACAAGGACAGAGAGGAGAAGAGGGAUAGGGACAAGGACAGAGAGGAGAAGAGGGAGAGGGCAAAGGAGAAAGAGAAAGAUAGGGAAAGGGAAAGGGAAAGGGAAAGGGAGAAGAGGGAACGUGAAAGGGAGAGAGAUAGAGAAAGGGAGAGGAAGGAGCGUGACAGAGAAGAAAGGGAGAGAGAGAAGAGGGAGAGAGAAAGGGAGAGGAGGACUAGGGAAAGGGAAAAGUGUAGGGAAUUGAGCAGUGACAGUGAUGAUGAUUCCAAGGAUCGUGAUAAGAAGCGGCGAAGAAGAGAUGAUGAUGACUACAAGGAGAGAGUGCGCGAACAGAGCAUUAGCAGGUCAAACAGGCACAGGGAUAACAGUGAAGAGAUCCCGAGGAAAAAGAGUGACGAGGAGGACUCUGAUAAGAAUGUGAUUAAAACCCGAGAAGAGGAGUUAGAACAGGAGCAGAAGAAAUUGGACGAGGAGAUGGAGAAGAGGAGGAGGAGAGUCCAGGAAUGGCAAGAGCUAAGGAGGAAGAAGGAAGAAACUGAGAGAGAAAAGCAUGGGGAAGAAGCUGAUGUUAAUGAACCCAAGACUGGUAAAACCUGGACUCUUGAAGGAGAAUCCGACGAUGAAGAAGCACCUCCCACCGGAAAAUCUGAGACGGAUAUGGACCUGGAGGAAAAUGCAAAACCUGAUGAAGAAGUUGAAGAUGCAAUGGUAGUGGACACUGAGAAUGACAUCUCUGCUCCACAAAAUGAGGAUGAUGCCGUUAAUGGGGAUGAGGAAAUUGAUCCACUUGAUGCUUUUAUGAAUUCUAUGGUGUUACCUGAGGUUGAGAAGCUAAACAGUACUCUGGUUACUCAUACUGCUGAUGACAAUAAAACAGGCUUGAAGAAUAAGGAUAAGAAGGAAGAGCGAAUCAAUGGAGAACAGAGGAAGAAAGGCUCUCAUAAAUCUCUAGGGAGAAUUGUUCCAGGGGAAGAUUCUGAUUCAGACUAUGGGGAUCUUGAAAAUGGUGAAGAUCCUCUAGAGGAGGAGGAUGAUGACGAGUUCAUGAAGAGGGUGAAGAAAACAAAAGCUGAGAAACUGUCCAUUGUUGACCACUCAAAGAUUGAUUACAAUCCUUUCCGGAAGAAUUUCUAUAUUGAAGUGAAGGAGAUCUCGAGGAUGACUCCUGAGGAGGUUGUUGCGUGUAGGAAAGAACUGGAGUUAAAAUUACAUGGAAAGGAUGUGCCAAAACCAAUUAAAACCUGGCACCAAACAGGACUCACAAGUAAAAUUUUAGAGACGAUAAAGAAACUUAAUUAUGAGAAGCCAAUGACAAUUCAAGCUCAGGCCCUGCCUAUAAUCAUGAGUGGCCGGGACUGCAUAGGCAUUGCAAAGACUGGUUCAGGCAAAACCCUUGCGUUUGUGCUGCCAAUGCUGAGGCAUAUCAAGGACCAGCCUCCUGUGGAAGCUGGAGAAGGACCGAUUGGGCUUGUAAUGGCACCCACAAGGGAGCUUGUGCAGCAGAUCCACAGCGAUAUAAAGAAGUUUGCUAAGGCCCUGAGUAUCAGAUGUGUGCCUGUUUAUGGAGGUUCUGGUGUUGCCCAACAAAUUAGUGAAUUAAAACGGGGGACAGAGAUAGUUGUCUGUACUCCAGGCAGAAUGAUUGACAUACUGUGCACCAGUGGAGGAAAAAUCACUAAUCUUCGCAGAGUUACAUAUCUGGUUAUGGAUGAAGCUGAUCGGAUGUUUGACAUGGGGUUUGAACCUCAAAUCACUAGAAUUGUUCAGAAUAUUCGCCCAGAUCGUCAAACUGUACUCUUUUCUGCCACUUUCCCUCGACAGGUUGAAACUUUGGCUCGUAAAGUACUGAACAAACCUGUGGAAAUACAGGUCGGUGGGAGGAGUGUGGUGAAUAAGGACAUCACUCAGCUGGUUGAGUUAAGAACAGAAGAUCAAAGGUGGCUUAGGCUUUUAGAACUACUUGGUGAAUGGUACCAGAAGGGAAAAAUUUUAAUAUUUGUCCAGUCACAGGACAAAUGUGAUUCAUUGUUUAGGAACUUACUGAAGUUUGGUUACCCUUGCCUCUCACUUCAUGGGGCUAAGGAUCAGACAGAUCGUGAAUCCACCAUUUCAGAUUUUAAGACCAAUGUCUGCAAUUUGAUGAUUGCAACAAGUGUUGCAGCCAGAGGUUUAGACGUGAAGGAUCUAGAAUUGGUGAUCAAUUAUGAUGCUCCAAACCACUAUGAGGAUUAUGUUCACCGUGUUGGUCGGACUGGCCGAGCUGGUCGCAAAGGCUGUGCCAUCACAUUUAUCUCCGAGGAUGAUGCAAGAUAUGCACCAGAUCUUGUAAAAGCGUUGGAACUCUCUGAGCAAGUUGUUCCACAAGAUUUGAAAGCUCUUGCUGAUGGUUUUAUGGCAAAAGUGAAUCAGGGUCUUGAGCAAGCCCAUGGAACAGGUUAUGGUGGAAGUGGUUUUAAAUUCAAUGAAGAGGAGGAUGAAAAGAGAAUGGCGGCAAAGAAAGCACAGGCAAAAGAAUAUGGCUAUGAGGAUGAGAAGUCUGAUUCAGAAGAUGAAGAUGAAGUUGUUCGGAAGUCAGUCGGUGACGUCUCGCAGCAGACUGCCCUUGCUCAGCAGAUAGCUGCUCUUGCUGCUGUCUCAAAAGUCCCCAUGCCUGCACCACCAAUUUCUCACUCUGUUGCUCAAUUGCUUUCUAAUGGUGGAUUACCUGUUCCUCCCAAUCCAGGUCCAGCUGUUGUUUCUGUUACUGGGCUGCCUUUUGUUCCAAAUAAUGAAGGGGCAGCCAGGGCAGCAGCACUUGCAGCUGCCAUGAAUUUGCAACACAACCUGGCAAGGAUCCAAGCUGAUGCAAUGCCUGAACAUUAUGAAGCAGAGCUGGAAAUCAAUGAUUUUCCCCAAAAUGCUCGGUGGAAGGUUACCCACAAGGAAACAUUGGGCCCAAUUUCAGAUUGGACUGGGGCUGCCAUUACUACCAGGGGGCAGUUUUUUCCACCAGGCAAGGUGCCGGGACCAGGAGAGCGCAAGCUCUACUUGUUCAUUGAGGGUCCUACUGAACAGUCUGUCAAGAGAGCUAAAGCUGACCUAAAACGUGUUUUGGAAGACAUCACGAACCAGACAUACCAACUUCCUGGUGGAACUCAACCAGGAAAAUACUCGGUUGUAUGAGUUUCUGAGCAGAAGAACUCCAAAAGUCACAUCUCGGAGAGGCUUGCUACUCCAAAUGAAGAAAGCAUAAACCCGAAUAGAAGGAUGGCAACAAGUUUAUUGUUGGUGUCCUGGAAUUCUUUUAUGACCCCUCGUUCUGCCUGGAUUGGGCUAUCGGCUACUCUGAUUGUGCAACUAGAAUGGAUGUGAAACAGCUUAAUUGUUUAGCUCGAUUAGUAACGAUUAUUAAUAGAAAACAGUUCCAAAUUUUGAUCCAUUUACAAAAUGGAUAAUAGGUUUUUGAAAGAGAGAUUUUUGCUAUCUAAGGAGAGAAGAAGACAGAUUUGAGAGUGAGAGACAGGGUGGGAAGGGGCGGCUGAGAUUGUUGAAAUUUAGGGUUAGAAGAAAAUAUGGUAUUUAUACUUGUUUUAGAGGGAGGGGGUGGCUGUAACCUGCUAGGGUUAAUGGGUAGAAAGUGUUUUUUUAUUUCUAAACCGAACCGGUUCGGUUCGGGUUGUUCGGUUUAAGCAUUACAAAACCGGAAACCAAACCGAACCGGAUAUUUUUCUAAAUAUUUUAAUCGGUUUAAUCGGUUUUUGUUUUC